AUGGCCUCGGCCGACGAACGCAACACCCGCACCAUCCACACGGCGGCAUGUUUGAUUAUUGGAGAUGAGGUCCUCGGUGGAAAGACCGUUGAUACCAAUUCGGCGUACAUGGCCAAGUGGUGCUUCUCUUUGGGCAUUAACCUGAAGAGAGUCGAGGUCAUUGAGGACGAUGAGAGCGAAAUCGUUGAAGCCGUCAGACGUAUGAGCGAUCGUUACGACUUUGUCGUCACCAGUGGUGGAAUCGGGCCAACGCAUGACGACAUCACCUACCAGUCCAUAGCCAAGGCUUUUGGCCUGCCCCUGGUUCUCAACCAAGACGCCUUCGAGCGCAUGAAGAGGCUCUCCAAGCCGCGUCCGAACCAGCCGCAGUUCGACUGGGACGUCGACUCCCCAGCGCUGCAGGCCAAGCUGCGGAUGGUCAUUCUCCCCACCGACGAGAAGCGCGACCCCGGCCAGCAGUUCAUCUUCCCCUACGAGGACCUCUGGGUCCCAGUUAAUGUCGUCAACGGCAACGUCCACAUCUUGCCCGGUGUCCCACGGCUUUUCGAGAAGCUCUUGGACGGGCUCAAGCCGAGCAUCCUGCCCCGGCUCUCCGACCCGGAGGGCAAUGGCCUCUGCCGCGUGCUCAUCUCCACGCCGCUCCCGGAAAGUGCCGUCGCCGGUUAUCUGACUCAACUCGCGGCCAGGGUAGAGCCCAAGGGCGUCAAGGUCGGCAGCUACCCUCGGUGGGAGCAAAACGGCACGGUCACGCUAGUAGGACGGGACCAAGCAUACAUCGAGAGCAUCGUGGACGAGGUCGUCGAAGGCGUUCAGGGGAAACGCGUGAAUGCGGAAGACGACGAUGAUGCCACAGCAAAAGCGUGA